AUGAGUCUCCCGGCCCCUGCCUUUCAGGCCCGGGAAAAACAAAUCCCUUCAACGAUCAUCCCCUGCCCCAACUGGAACACCGGGUCCGGACAUAGACUCAGGCGCGGGCAGCAGAGGGAGAAGAAGCGCCGGGCAAGCCACUGGGCUGCUGGUGUCCGCAGGGAGUCAGCGGGAGCGCGGACCGCGGCGCGGGGCCGGGGCGAGAGGCCACAGGUGACCGGGACAUUUCCUGCAGGGAACGGCAGGGGCGGCGGGGCCGGCGGGAAGCCCAGUAGGCGGCAGGCCGGUCCCGGGGCAGAGGAGAACCAAAGUCAGCAGGGAGCGAACCUCCGGCGCGGGAUCCGGAAUCCAAAGAGAGGAGUGGGUAGCUGUCGGGAUCAGGCGAGGCCAGCUCUGCAAGCUUGGUCCGGGACCGUUGGCCGGCAACUGGGUAAUUGAAUUUUAAACGGGGCCUUUUGGAGACAGUGACCAAAGGAAGGAAUGUCAAUGGUGGAAUUUUAGAUGUGGUAGUAAACUGGUAGGGGGUAUUCCUCGUGCUGCCCAGUCACACCAACUUGCAAGCAACCUCCUGAUGUCAUGAUACCUGACAGCAAGGAGAACAGAAAUUGGCAACAACAUCAAGUGGUGUGGGGAUAUAGAAUAUAACUUUUUGAAGAACUGUAUUUAUAUUUCAUUUAUUUUAUGGAAAGGCACGGUGGCCUUGUGGAGAGGGAGCUGGCCAUGGUGCUAGGAAGGCCUGGUAUAUAGUCCUCCCCUCUGACACAUAAUGACCAGUAAGAACCAGGAUCGACUCUCUCUCAUCUCUCUAAAGGACAUUUUUGGAAGUCUCAUGAAACCAAUGGACAGAAUAAUAUUUUUAAAUGCAUAAGAUGAACAACAUAGUAUUACAAGGGAACCCAUUAUAGUAUGAUACAGUUAUUAAAACCUUUAAAACAAGGGUGACUGUGCUUUAACUUCUGGUUAAGGACUCCUGUAGAUUGACUAUAAGUUGAUAAAAGGUACCAAUCUCCAUUAGUAAAAGGAGUUUCCUUAUCUAUGAAUUUCCUAUUUCAAUGAAGUCCCAGGUCAAAUUCCUAGUUUAUUUGAUUUAUCAAGUUAUUUAUAUGUAUUUAAUUCACACAAAUUGAAGGCUGUGACUAUAGUGUGCUGAAAGCUUCAUUAGACCAUCCCAGUACCCUGUAUUACACAGGACACUGUGGGCAUUCCAUCAAUCUUAGACUGUUUCAUUUUUUGGUGUGUAUCCCUGGUCUCUAGCAUUUAUGUGCCUGUGCUAGACCAGUUACAUAGAAGGCACUAAAUAAAUACUUGUUGUUGAAUAAAUGAAUGAUGUUCAAGCAAAUUGGGGCAGGUCAGAUCAAGGGGGAAU